AUGAGAGCAACAACCCAAAAGUUUGCCGUAAUUGCAUCGUUAGUUUUAUUCUGCAUGGCGUUUGAACCGAAUGAAGCGUGCAGACUUCUUGAUGGAGGAUUUGAAGAAACCUGGAUGAAGGCAGGAAAUCUGUUUUUAUCAUCUUUACAGAAGGGCUCUGUUCCAACACCAGGGAACGGAUGUAGUUCAACGGGAAAUGGCGGCGGCUCCUGUAUUGGUUCCAAGAAGGUUGCUGGUGGUCAUGGUGAUGGUGCUCCUCCGCCAACACCAUCACCACUGAUUCCUUCUCUUACUCAUGCAUACCCUCAACACUUGGUUGAAUUCGGGGUGACUGGUGAUGGUAAAUGA